GAGUUCAACCUUCCUCAGAAAACUGUCCAUGCUAUAAACCCUUUCCUCAGUAGCAUUGGAUCCGCCAGCCCAACAGAUCGCGCUGUUCUAGCAAAUGCGUACGUCUCCGGGAUGCAAGAAGACAUCAACAUUACUGGCAAUCAAUACAACCUCCUGGUUACCUGUCUUUCAGUUGGCUAUAUCAUAGGACAGGUACCUCAUAGCCUUAUGAUUCAGAAGGUCGCUCCCCGAAUUUGGUUUCCGCUGAUGACAACCGUUUGGGCCAUCUUGACCAUGGCCUGCGGAGCCUGCCACAACUUCAGCCAGUUGGCCGCCGUGCGUUUCUUGCAAGGUAUGGCAGAAGCGUCUACAUACAGUGGUACGCAGUAUAUCAUCGGCAGCUGGUACAAGGGGUCGGAAAUCGGUAAACGUAUUGGCCUCUUCCAAGCUUCUGGAAUGGUGGGAACCAUGUUUUCAGGUGUCUUGAUGACCGCUGUUUGGGAGACGAUGAACGGUGUGGCUGGGUUGUCUGGUUGGCGAUGGUCUUUCAUACUUGAUGGAAUCAUCACCCUGCCCGUCGCCAUCUUCGGUUUUGUCUUCUUUCCGGAUCUUCCGGAGUCGACUAAGGCAUUCUACCUCAAGCCUCAUGAGAAAGAGCUAGCUGUUAGCCGUUUACCACCUAAGAAUCCAGAUGGACACAAUAUCGGAUUUUCACUGAUCAAGAGAGUCCUGCUCACACCAAAUUUCUGGAUUUUCAAUAUUUUCUGGAUGAUCGGUGGAGCUUUAGAAGCAUUCUCUACACAGACAUGCAUGGUCCUAUGGAUGAAAGCUUCCGGGCUCUUCACCGUUCCACAGAAUAACAUGUAUCCGCUUGGCAUCACCGCCAUUGGUAUCGUACUCACUCUGUGUACAUCUGUAGCAAUUGAUGCCACGGGAGUCCAUUCUUUAUAUGGGUUUUUUGCCUGCUCUGUCCAAAUCAUUGCGUGCAUCAUCCUUCUUUGCUGGAACAUGGUUGGGACUGAUGCAAAGAUGGCAGCGUUUUACAUGGCCGGAACAGCGUAUUCGAUUCAACCCGUCGUUUUCACAUGGGCAAACAAGGUCUUAUCACGCGAUGGUGAUGAUGCUGCACGAGCUGUUACUCUGUUCUCCAUGAAUGGCGCUUCUUCUGUCUUGUAUGCUUUUUGGGGCAUCGCACUCUAUCCGACAACAGAUGCUAUAUCAGGGUUCUUUAAGGGAACUGUGACAAUGGUGGUCGUCAGUGUCAGCCUCGCGGGAUGGAUCUGUGUUGUGUGGUGGCAGGAUGUGAGGACGAUGCGCCGGCAUACUGCUCAACUAGACCGGGAGUCAAAUCUCGAGGAGGCCAAAAGGUCCCAUGAACAGCUUUAG